AUGCGCUUCUUCCAACGCCGGCGAGAAAAGGAUGCCGACUGGUUGCAACAGAUGGAGGGAAACUGGUCUGACAGGCACGGCUCCUGUUACGAGGUCAGCCGCGAUGCUGCAUACAAAGGCACUUCGUACUCCUGCAGUGUGCGAAUCCAACGGCCCAGCGGCGAGGCAUUUUCAAGACCAGCUGUCAUCAAGCAGGUGGAAGAUGGUACCAUAAUCUGGGGUCAAAAAUACAUCCUGGAUGAGACACACUCAACCCACGAUUCGCUAAGUUGGAAGAAUCUGCGAGGGUAUUCUGGCUUCUCCUGGCAGCGAAUGAAGCCACGGGCCUCUGCACCCAAAGCUGAGGUCCAAGGUGGAGAAGACUGCCGCGUCCACCCUGCGCCACCGCCCCCACCACCACCGGCAGAGAAGCCACAGGACACAGGGCACAAGGACCCUGCUCCCAGACUCGGCUGGACCCCAACCUGGACGAGGAGGAGUCUGCCCAAACAGGUGGAGAAAGAGGAGAAAGAGGAGAAGGUGGAGAAGGUGGAGGAGGACCAGGAUCUGUAUGCCGAGUUGGCUGCGACAGAGGACACUUCUGAGCCUUCUGCAGACGCAGAGGCGAAGCAGGUGGCAACGACUGACCACAGCAGUUUGGAGAUUGACGAUUCUGGAGAUCCUGCAAAAGUAGAGGAUGCCUGGGAAGGUUCGCAUGCCGCGCACAUCCCCAACAAGCAUUGGAACAAUCGCGCUCGAGUUGCCUGGGAUGCGAGCGAUACUGCAGAGGAGUCCCAGUCACAUGAAUCGAAGAGCUUUCCCUGGAGAAGUCAGAGUCACCUGCAACCUGCGGAGAGCAAGCCGCAAUCUCAGUCAAAGGGCACCUUUUUUUGGAGGCAGAAGGUGCCAACGCCACCACCGCCGCCGCCGCCCCCUGCAAAAUCACCUGACCUGACCGAUGACAGCCGCUCCGAACAGAUCAGUGAACAGAUCGCGGGAACUCCAUCUGCACAGGAAGAAGAGCCGAAGCUGGCUUUGACUGGCAACGUGUCAGUGGCAGCGGAUGGGACCGCGAUAUACGAAGGCGAUAUCGAUGCGUUCGAUGAGGACAGCAACAGGGGCUUCUGGUCUCAAGCAGUCGGCGGGGGACGGAAAGGAAAAAUACGACGCACAGCGUGCACGCUGACAGCACAUACCUCCGAUACAGUAGUUCGAACUGUGAUAUCCGUGAUGGUUGUGAUCACUGAACCAGGAAACAUGUGCAGUUAA